GAAGCAGAUCCGCUGCCCUUCCUGCAUAAAUCUGCCUGCACCGCCCUCCCAUUCAGCAGUUGUUGCAUCGACCCCGUUGGGUACAACACGCAACGCAAACACCCCGUUUUUACAAAGACCUCUUCUUGGCAUUUUUCCCCUUUCUCCUCUUCCUCCUUAAACCUCAGUCGGAAAAAUGCGUGAGUGCAUCUCCAUCCACGUCGGUCAGGCUGGUGUCCAGAUUGGCAAUGCCUGCUGGGAGCUCUACUGCCUGGAGCAUGGGAUCCAGCCGGACGGACAGAUGCCCAGUGACAAGACUCUCGGUGGAGGAGAUGAUUCCUUCAACACCUUCUUCAGUGAGACUGGAGCAGGGAAGCACGUUCCCAGAGCCGUUUUUGUAGAUUUGGAACCCACUGUCAUCGAUGAGGUUCGCACUGGGACCUACCGCCAGCUGUUCCACCCUGAGCAGCUGAUCACUGGGAAGGAAGAUGCUGCUAAUAACUACGCCAGAGGACACUACACCAUCGGCAAAGAGAUCAUUGACCUGGUUUUGGACAGGAUCCGUAAACUGGCCGAUCAGUGCACAGGUCUGCAGGGCUUCCUGGUUUUCCACAGCUUCGGUGGAGGAACCGGUUCUGGUUUCACCUCCCUGCUGAUGGAGCGUCUCUCUGUGGACUACGGCAAGAAGUCCAAGCUGGAGUUCUCCAUCUACCCAGCCCCUCAGGUAUCCACUGCUGUUGUGGAGCCCUACAACUCCAUCCUGACCACCCACACCACCCUGGAGCACUCUGACUGUGCCUUCAUGGUGGACAACGAGGCCAUCUACGACAUCUGCCGUAGAAACCUCGACAUUGAGCGUCCCACCUACACCAACCUGAACAGGUUGAUCAGUCAGAUCGUGUCCUCCAUCACUGCAUCUCUUCGCUUUGAUGGUGCCCUGAACGUUGAUCUGACAGAGUUCCAGACCAACUUGGUGCCGUACCCCCGUAUCCACUUCCCUCUGGCCACAUACGCCCCUGUGAUCUCUGCAGAGAAGGCUUACCAUGAGCAGCUCUCGGUGGCUGAGAUCACAAACGCUUGCUUCGAGCCAGCCAAUCAGAUGGUGAAAUGUGACCCUCGUCAUGGCAAGUACAUGGCCUGCUGCCUUCUGUUCCGUGGCGAUGUGGUGCCCAAAGAUGUCAAUGCUGCCAUCGCCACCAUCAAAACCAAGCGAACCAUCCAGUUUGUGGACUGGUGUCCCACUGGUUUCAAGGUUGGCAUCAACUACCAGCCACCCACUGUGGUUCCUGGUGGGGACCUGGCCAAGGUCCAGAGGGCGGUGUGCAUGCUGAGCAACACCACUGCUAUUGCAGAGGCCUGGGCUCGGCUGGACCACAAGUUCGAUCUGAUGUACGCCAAGCGUGCCUUCGUCCACUGGUAUGUGGGUGAGGGAAUGGAGGAGGGAGAGUUCUCCGAGGCCAGGGAGGACAUGGCAGCUCUGGAGAAGGAUUAUGAGGAGGUUGGGGUCGACUCCAUUGAGGGUGAGGGAGAAGAGGAAGGAGAAGAGUAUUAAAAGAAA